AUGAAGUACGUCGUUGUUUCUGGUGGAGUUAUCUCAGGCAUUGGAAAGGGUGUUUUGGCAUCCUCUACUGGUAUGCUGUUGAAAACACUUGGUUUAAGAGUCACCUCUAUCAAAAUUGACCCAUACCUGAACAUCGACGCAGGAACUAUGUCUCCUCUAGAGCACGGAGAAUGCUUCGUUCUGGACGAUGGUGGAGAAGUGGAUCUUGACUUGGGAAACUAUGAAAGAUAUUUGGGUAUUUCCCUUACUAAAGACCACAAUAUUACCACAGGCAAGAUCUACUCUGCUGUUAUUCAAAAAGAAAGAAAAGGUGAUUACUUGGGUAAAACUGUUCAAGUUGUUCCUCACAUCACUAAUGCCAUUCAGGACUGGAUUGAGCGUGUUGCCAGAAUUCCAGUCGAUCCCUCUGGAAUGGAACCAGAUGUCUGUAUCAUUGAACUGGGAGGAACAGUUGGAGAUAUUGAGUCUGCUCCCUUCGUUGAAGCCCUAAGACAAUUUCAGUUCAGAGUUGGACAUGAAAACUUUGCUUUGAUUCACGUGUCGCUUGUCCCAGUGAUUCAUGGCGAGCAAAAGACCAAGCCUACCCAAGCUGCGAUCAAAGAUCUGAGAUCUCUUGGCCUGUCUCCAGAUAUGAUUGGUUGCAGAUGUUCCUCCAGAUUGGAAAAGCCAACGAUCGACAAGAUCGCAAUGUUUUGCCAUGUUGGUGCUGAGCAAGUUCUUGCCAUUCACGACGUGAACUCUACCUAUCAUGUUCCGCUCAUUUUGAAAGAACAAAAGAUGAUUAAUUAUUUGACCAAAAGAUUAGAACUUCACAAAAUGCACAUUCCGCCCCUGAUGGUCGCCAAAGGAGAGGAGCUAUACAAGAAUUGGGUUGAGCUGACAACACAGCAUGAUAGAUCUUACGAGAGAGUCACCAUUGCAAUUGUCGGAAAGUACACUAAUUUACAUGACUCGUAUUUGUCUGUGAUCAAAUCGCUCGAGCACAGUGCAAUGAGAUGUUCCAAGAAACUGGAAAUUGUCUGGGUCGAGUCGGGAAAUUUGGAACCAGAAACUGAAUUAGUGAACAAGGCCGACUUCCAUUCUGCGUGGCAGCUGGUUUGUAAAGCUGAUGGAAUCUUGGUUCCAGGCGGUUUCGGUACUAGAGGUGUUGAGGGAAUGAUUGCUGCUGCUAAAUGGGCUCGAGAGAACAAUAUUCCAUAUUUGGGUGUUUGCCUUGGACUGCAAGUGGCGGUUAUUGAGUUCAUUAGGAAUGUCUUGCAUGUCGAGGGUGCAACCAGUGCUGAAUUUGUGCCAGAGAUCGCCGACGAGCAAGCAGCUGUUGUUUAUAUGCCUGAAAUUGAUAAGGAGAAUAUGGGAGGUACCAUGAGACUGGGCCUGAGACCAACGUGCUUUGAUUCCACUGCUGAAUUUUCCAUUAUCAAAAAGCUCUACGGUGGUGCAGAAUCUGUCUUGGAAAGACACAGACAUAGAUACGAAAUCAAUCCAGCCAUGGUUGAGGCCAUUGAGAAGCACGGAAUGAAGUUUGUUGGAAAAGAUGAAAAAGCUGAGAGAAUGGAGAUCUUGGAGCUUGUAAAUCAUCCAUUUUUCGUUGCCACUCAGUACCACCCAGAAUACAUCUCAAAGGUUUUGGAUCCGUCCCGUCCAUUUUUGGGAUUGGUUGCUGCCGCUUCUGGCAUGUUGGAUGAGAUUUUGAAACAAGACUUGAGAAAGGCUGCUAACGAUUUUUGA